GUGCGCUUACCAGUAACCACUUUCAACAUUUCUGCAAAGCUAGAGAAGGGUUCCCAGUGCCGGUUCCGACACUGUGAAGAGGCCCUAGGCAGUGACACUGUGUGCUCAUUAUGGAGAGAUAGAAAAUGUUUAGAUCCACUUUGCAGGUUUAGACACAUGGAAAUGCAGCAAAACUGCAGCAUUUCGUGUUUCUGGGAAACUCAACCUCUUGGUUGUGUGAAGAUCAGUUGUAUCUUUUACCACAGCAAACCUCGAAAUAUCAAUGGAUUAUUUUUGCCACCAAGUAGCAAUACCACUCUACAGAAAGAAAAUCAGGAAGGAAAUCCAUCCCCAAGCCAGAGUCAAGAACCUCUGAAAUCCCUGGAAAAUAUAUCACGACCCAUUCAUCAUCCUUUAGUUUUAAAAGCUAACUUUGAAGAGGAGGAGGCGGAGGAAGAGGCAGUACAAAAUGAUGCUUCUAGCUUAUGGACAAAGACCCCUGAAGAAAUUGAAGAAAAAAGAGCAAUAAAGGAGAUGUGUGUUAAAUCUGGUGAAUACUAUCGAUUUCACGCUCCUCCAGAUAUUUCAUCACCAAAAAGCAUAUGUCCUACAGUAGAAAAAGAGUUAGGAAAGGCUUUGGAAAGUGGCAGUGAAUUACAAGAAGGGGAUGGUCUUAUGGUUCCAACAAAGUUUAGCCUAUUUGAAAGACAAGGAGAGGUAAAAGCAUCAUUGGAUAGGAAACCAAGGACUGACAUUGCUACCUUUGAAAAUGGAGGAGGUGACUGCUAUGGUCCACAGAGGAUUAUAUUUCUUGGAGUAGAUGAAAGUAAAGCUUUAGCCGAAGAGAAAGAAACCAUUACCUCAAAAGGUUCAAAUACCAAAGAAGAUAACAAGGAGAGUCUCCAUCCAAAGCAUUCCCUAACUACAUGCCUAGUAUCUACAAUGCAUAUAUUAAAUGCUACUGAGAAUAUCAGUGUGGAGUGUAGAGAGGACCCCUCCUCAAUGAGUGAUGUGCAGCCAGUGAGGAAGCCUCAUUUUAAAGGUGUGAAGAAAAGAAAAUGGAUUUAUGACGAACCAAAGAACUUUUCUGGCUCUGGAAUGCGAAGAGCAGUACACACCCCAAAUCCCAAAGAUAAAAUGAGCUACCAUCAUCAUAAUAAAAACCGAAAUGCUGAAAAUGCCUCCUGUAUGCAUGUUCGAAGAGAUGCUGUAAGGACUGCCACACUAAAUGCCCCUCCCAGCAACAGGACCAGCAGUGGGCCUUACAAUAAAGCCGAUGUUAACAAGGAUCCCAAACUCAACCUCUAUCCAGACAAACGUAUGUCAACAUCCUAUAAUAGUUCAGCCUGGAGAAGAAGAAUUCCUUUUUCAAAAACAUAUUCAAAAACCGAAAAGAUAUAUCCAGAACCAAGAAGAAAUGGGAGCAAGUGAGAGAAGAGAACAAUGAGAAAAGAGAAAAGUGCCAACCAUCAUCUGAUUUACAAUCAAAAAUGAAAAUUCAAAGAAUGAGAUAUUCAAGUACUCCAUGGUGUAAUAGUGGAUAGCCAAAGAUGAUAAAAUGUAAAUUCUUAAAAAAGAUGCAGGAAGUUCUUUGUGCUCUUUCAAAACUGAUAAAAAUGCAAAUUGCAAACAGCUGCCUGUUUAUGUAUAUCUGGGAUUCAUUCAAUUCAUUACCACAAACUUUUAAUAAAAUUAAAAAGUUUG